ACCCCGCCCCCACUAACAACAUCGCGAACGAGAAGCACAACACCAAUAUGUCGCACUCGCACUGUCACGACGAGCACCACGAUCACGACCACGGCGACGGUCACGACCACUCGGACGAUAUCACGCCUGCGCUGCAAAACAUUCUAUACGAACAGCUCGACUUCCCCAAAGUCGUCACCCUCAAUGAAGAUGAGUCCAACAGCGGACGCGCCAUAUGCCAAAAGACAUGGGCACAGCGCUUGGAACCCACGCCCGAGCUGAAAAGCAGCGCCGACCAACAACUCCUCAUGACGAUCCCCUUCACCGGCCAAGUACGCCUGCACAGCAUAAUUCUGCGCACAAGCCCCGGUCCAGACUGCCCCAAGACGCUCAAAGUUUUCGUCAACCAAGACUCGCUCGACUUUGAGACUGCAUCGGAGAAGGAACCCACGCAGGUGCUUGAGAUAAGCCAGACAUCAGACGUGCAGGAGAUUCCCGUCAAGCGCGCAAAGUUUGGCACGACGAGGAGUCUGGCCCUGUUCUUUGAGGAUAAUUGGAGUCAUGGCGAGGAAGACGAGACGAGGAUUAGCUAUUUGGCCUUCAAGGGCGACUUUAUGAAGUUGAAUAAGGAGGCCGUAUCUGUCUUGUACGAGGCUGCUGCGAAUCCGAGCGAUCAUAAGAAUAUUGUGGGUAUUGGGCAGGGUGUGGGGAGGAGUGUGCAAUAAGUAGCAUGUGGGUCGAGGGUCACAUUCGAAGGGCAUGUUGCAUGGGAGGGAGUCAACGCCAUCAUGAUAUCGCAUUGAUAUACUAGUCUCUCGUUUCUAUAAUAUCCAAUCAUAAUGAGAAGCAUCUCAUAG